GGGGGUAACGCCGUAAAUAGAAGUUUAAAGUUUUAUGCGACCCAUAAAAAAUUGCAAAACCCUCCUUUCGCCUUACCAUCUUCGGUUGUACACCUCACGGCGGACCCACCACUCACUCGCACGGCCUGCGAAAACGCCGCCGUUGAUCGACUCCAGAGAGGUCUCACAACACAAUUCUCCGUGUCCAAGUCACUGCAAUUUGGACUUCAAUUGCUUUGGGCAGUGGCGGUCCGUGCUCCGAGACGCUUUCUUUCAAGAUUUUGGAAGCUGGCAUGCUUUAAGUUUUCCCAGAGAUGUUAUGUUGAUAGAAAUGCAUCCAGUUUGUGGACUUUUACCCGGUUUCGCUGAGAUAGCCAUAUGAAUUGGGUUCAAGAAAGGUACAUAAGUUUGCUUUGUUUUGGUGCUUUUCAGGUUGAUUGUGUAACCACUUGCCUGAUAGAUUUCCGGAGGACCACGAAGAUCAUUUUUUUGUGUUAUCUGAGGUUCCUAUGUGGAGAUAAGAAGACAUCAUGAUAUGUUGACAGCUUUUUGCCUUCUUCUUUAAGCGCAACGAGCCGCAGAGGAAGCUGGGCAAGAAAUUGUCGAGCCUUCUUAGUCAGCCUCUGCCAUAGAUUAACAAGUCAUAAAUUGCCAUUGCCUCUAACAGUUGAGGAGAAAUGUACCCAUAUACUCUUUCUGCCUUCUACAGGACUCCCUCAAAUGUAAAUAUUUGCCGUUCUGUUUUCCUGUCAAAACCGCAAAAUAUUUCCCAUUCCUGCUGCUCAAUACCCUUAAAUAAUGAAGAACAACAGAAACGAGAUCAAAAAGGUCGACAAGAAUUCCAAAAAUUGAAGGAGAAACAAGAACCUUUAAUUGUCUCUCCAUCUCGAAUACGAAAGUUAAUUGCCACCCAAUCAGACCCACUCCUUGCAAAAGAAAUCUUUGACUUGACUUCUCGUCAACCAAAUUUUCGCCAUUCAUAUGCUACAUUCCACACACUCAUUCUCAAACUCGGCCGCUCUAGCCACUUCUCUCUUAUGCAGUCAAUCCUUUCCAGCCUCAAGUCCCAUCAACAUUCUGUCUCCCCCUCCCUCUUUUUUCACAUCAUUAAAAUCUAUGAUGAUGCAGGACUGCCUGAGGAAGCACUUAAAACUUUCUAUAAAAUUCUUGAAUUCAACAUGAGGCCUCUGGUGAAACACCUCAACUGUAUUCUUGAAAUCCUUGUUGUUCAUUGUAACUUCCUCCAGGCCGCGUUCGACCUCUUCAGGUCUGCCCAUAAAUAUGGGGUCUACCCUAACACAAAAUCCUACAACAUUUUAAUGCAAGCUUUCUGUUUGAACGGUGAUUUAAGCAUAUCAUACUCAUUGUUUAAUCAAAUGUUUAAGAGGGAUGUUGUCCCUGAUGUGGAAUCAUAUAGAAUUCUAAUGCAGGGCUUGUGUAGGAAGAGUCAGGUGAAUAGAGCUGUUGACCUUUUGGAGGAUAUGUUGAAUAAAGGAUUUGUUCCAGAUACACUAAGCUAUACCACUCUGUUGAACAGCUUGUGUAGGAAAAAGAAGCUUAAAGAGGCUUACAAGCUUCUUUGUAGGAUGAAAGUAAAGGGAUGCAAUCCUGAUAUAGUUCAUUAUAAUACAGUCAUUUUGGGGUUUUGUAGGGAAGGUCGUGCUAUUGAUGCCUGUAAGGUUCUUGAUGACAUGCCCUCAAAUGGGUGCUUGCCAAAUUUGGUGUCAUAUCGGACUGUAGUCGGGGGGCUGUGCAGUCAAGGCAUGUAUCAUGAGGCAAAAAGUUAUAUCAAUAUUAUGAUGUCAAAAGGGUUUUCACCACAUUUUUCUGUUGUUCAUCUACUUAUCAAAGGUUUCUGUAACAUGGGUAAAAUUGAUGAGGCCUGUGAAGUGUUACAUGAGAUGUUGAGGCAUGGCGAAAAUCCACAUAUCGAAUCUUGGGCUGAAAUGAUACCAAGGAUUUGUGCUGUAGAUGACACGGAGAUAAUAACGGAUACCCUAAAAGAGGUGUUGAAGAUGGAGAUAAAGCGUGACACCAGAAUAGUUGAGGUUGGUGCUGGCUUGGAGGAAUAUUUGGUCAAAAGGAUACAAACCCGUUCAAGAAUGCAUUGAUUGAUCCUGUGAAAUGGCAGUGUAGAUCAGAUCUAGCAACUGGACCUCAGUCAAACACGGAAUGUAUCAUAGGUGAUAUCAAGCACUUCAGUAUUGUUCAACUUCUUUCAUAUUCCAAUCCAUUUGUCUUCCAUGGCGAUUAAGUUUCAGUUGUGAACUAAGGAAUUGUUCUCUGGUUGCCGAACAUUGAUAGUGGUGGUAAUGCGCCUGGCGAAGAUGUUGAAGACAUGAGUUCAGUGCUUUCAAUUUCCAAACUGGAAGUGGAUUCAUUAUUCCUAGUCGAAGAUCAGCUCAAGGAGUUUUAGAACAUCGUGGAAAGUUUAUAAAAGCGACUUUUCUUCCGGCAAAGCCACCUGGCGAAGAUAAAGUGCUGUUUGGUAGUGAAAUCGGAAAACACUAAAUAGUGUUGGGUAGAAACAGAAGUUAAAAUAUUGUUCGCUACUGCUUAGCAGAGUGCACAAGUGGUUUUGCACACUCAUCUGAUAGGCUAGGUCCACGAAAGUGCUAAUGAGCACGGAGUACUGCCAGAUAAACUGUGAGGAUGAUUGGCAAUGAAAGUGGUGCUAGCUUUAACAAGGGGAGGCACAUCAAUAAUGGUAACGUAACAGCUCUUGUAUUUGUCCCAUUAUAGAAGAGCCUGAUCUGGUCUGAGGCACAAUGCGCCAUCUGCGAGGGCACCGCUAUGCCCCUUAUUGAAUCAAAUGGUCAACUUUUUCCUUGUGAGCUUGUGUUUUUGUUCUUUCUUUAGAUGUUUUUAUGGCUGCAAUGGAAUAUGACCUUGUAAAUUAGAAACAUUUCUUGAUCGUCCUAUUUUUGUUCUUUCUUUAAGAUGUUUUCAUGUUUAUUUAUUAGGAGGAAAUCAUUGAAAAUGACCUAAUAA